UAUUUCCUAAAUAGUAAAAUACCUAACAAAUAUCUUUAAGCUAAAAUAAAUUUGGAUUCAGUAUUUCUUUUUAUGAUUUCUUAGGUCUAGGUUAGAGUUCAGUAAAUACUGAUGAUGUCAUCAUCUGAAGAUGGCUGACGGUGAAAGCUGGUGGGGAGGCUGGUUUCAGCAGAGCUUCCAGGCUGUCAAAGAAAAGUCCUCCGAGGCAUUAGAGUUUAUUAAGCGAGACUUGACAGAGUUCAGUACUGUGGUGCAGCAUGACACGGCUUGUUCCAUUGUGGCUACAGCCACAGCUGUUAAAAACAAACUUGCAGUGGAAGGGUCAUCUGAAACCACAGAGAAAGUGAAGAAAAGCCUUUCAAGUUUUCUUGGCGUGAUAACUGACACGCUUGCACCGCCCCCUGACAAAACCAUUGAUUGUGAUGUAAUCACUUUAGUAGCUACACCAGCAGGAACUACAGAGGUGUAUGACAGUUCAAAGGCCCGUCUCUACAGUCUGCAGGCUGACCCUGCUACAUACUGCAAUGAACCUGACGGUCCCCCGGAGCAGUUUGACAGUUGGAUGUGCAGUUUUAGUUUGGAGAAGAAAGGAGAAAUCUCUGAACUUUUGGUCAACAGUCCAUCUAUACGAGCGCUUUACACUAAAAUGGUGCCUGCUGCUGUUUCUCACUCAGAGUUUUGGCAGAGGUAUUUCUAUAAAGUCUUCCAGUUGGACCAGGAGGAGGCACGAAGAGUGGCUUUGAAACAGAGAGCGGAACAAAGUACACAUACAGAGACUCUGGGAUGGGAGGAAGAGGAAGAGGAUGAUUUCCUCUGCGCUACCCCAUCUUCUUAUCAACCAGCCCUAACACCAACAAUGGACCAGAGUUCAUCCACACUGACAGAAUCGUCCCUCCUAACUCCUGUCCAAUCUCCAAGUGAAGAACGCCUCUCCCUGAGCAGUGACAGCGUCAGCCUACCAACGCAGAUAGAUGUACAGCCAGAGCUAUUUGUCAGUGAGCUGGACAAGAAAAUGACUGAGGUCUCUUUGGACGAAAUUACAAACACAGAUGACCAGCCAAGUCCAGAAAGCGCGGUAACUCAACCAGAGGCUAAUACUGAAGCAGUGACAGGACCUCCAGUGAAAACAGAGGUAACAAAAGAAGAUGGACCCCAGGACCUAAGAGUGUUUGAGCUGAAUUCUGACAGUGGAAAAUCUACACCUUCUAAUAAUGGCAAAAAAGGGUCAAGCACUGACGUGAGUGAAGACUGGGAAAAAGACUUUGAUCUAGACAUGACAGAGGAGGAGGUUCAGAUGGCUCUUUCUAAAAUUGAAGCAUCAGGAGAGCAACUGGAUGAAGACUGGGAAAACUGGGAUUGAUCAUCAUGACUUCCUAUCAAAGCUUGUUCUCUGGAGAGACGAUCCAUGCUUAAUGUGUUCCUUGUCUCUUAAAGUCACCUGUCAUGGCUGUUGGCAUCUUUGGAGGGCUUGUACCUCACUGGUUACCCAACUGAAAACUGAGACCAGGGUAAAGAGAAUUUUAUGGCGGUGUCAGAAGUUAGUUUAGACUGUAAAAUGUUUUCAUGGCUAAACGUCAGCCUAACAUCAUAUGGCAGUUAUCUAGACAGUGCUUAAGGUCAUAAUGGCUUCUGUGUAAGGUGCCGACAGUGCCAGACGUUUCCCUGCAACAGAAAAGAAGCAGUUUCUCUUCACUUUCUGUAAUUGGAAGUACAAUUUUUUUGUGUAUUUUCAAUUGGGCUACAACUUAACUGCAGGCUAUAAACAGCCAUAAUAACUAAUGCUGCUAGUCAUUCAGAGACAAAACAAAACACAAAUGAUUUUUGGAUGACAAAUAAAUCCUACCCUAUUCUCUGAUUUAGUUUCCUCAUAAAUUUGAAUUUAGACUCAACACAAGGUACCGUUCCUUGAAAAAAUACAUGUAGAUGUUCACUUUAUUUUCAUUUGGUUUCUACUUGAAUGUGUGAAUAUGUGGGAAGAGGGACAAAAUGUAAUGAUUUGAUCAUUUGAGAUAAUUUGAGGUGUGAGGUUGGAAUCCACUUCAUAUACAUUAACUUUUCUGUUUAAUCAAAAAAGGAGAACUUGACCUAGUUGUAAGGUUUAGUCUUAUAAUUGCUCAGCCUAUGUUUGGAACUACAGUCAUAGUUCAAUGGGCAGCGUGCCAUGCAGACCAAGAAGCAAUGCUUCACGCUUUUGUGUUUUUCUUUUUCACAAUGUGUAAUGUGGUCUAACAAAACACAAUAGAGAUGUAAUAUUUAUACAAAUGAACACUUCAUGUGUUAAGUGCUUUGGAUUGCAUUUAUGUGCAAUAUCAUUAUGCAAAUCUAUGUUCCUGUUCUUUGUCUCUUUCAGCAUCUUUCUCUGCAAUGUUUAGCAUGUUUAUAAUUCACAUCUGUAAUUUCUUAAGGUUCACACUUUAAACAUGACCAUUUUCAAAGCUUCUCAAUUCUAAUGUAUGUAUUCUUAUAUUUUUAAAUUUAUCAUUGUCAUUAAAGGACACAUGGCAAAA